UUAAACUACCUCAACGGCCGAAACACGGAGCUUUUUACCUAUUAAAUUUGUCUUUAGAAGAAUUCUUUUUUGCAGUAAAGUUUUUUUUUUAGCAACAGUGAUUUAUUUUUUGUGCGGGAGUGUUGUGUGAGAGAACGGAAGGACCUCAACGGCCAAGGAUCAAAAAGAUAAAAGAAUUUCAUGUGGUGAAGUUCUCACCACAGAUAACUGCAAUAUAGAUGUUGGGCUGCAUAUUUCCACGUCCUGCCGAGAUGACGAAGAGUUCGUACAGCAAACGCGAUAUAAAAGCAUUCACAAAUAGUUUUGAGAAAGCCAUAAAGAUUCUCCUGUUGGGUACUGGAGAAUCUGGGAAGUCAACAAUCCUCAAUCAGAUGCGCAUCCUUCAUAUUAAUGAAUUCACAACGCAGGAACGUCUAGGGCGCAUUGCCAUCAUCCGGCAGAAUCUCCAUGAGUCUGUAUAUGAGAUUGUUGUGAAUGUGGAGCGCCUAGGCUUAACAUUUGAUUGUCCAGCUAAUGCAAAGAGUGCGCAGUAUAUUCUAAAUCUGGGCAAAAUCCUCCCGGAUAGCUUCAACCCCGAAGACACCUAUGUGGAGCACAUCGAAAACCUCUGGUACGAUCGUGGUGUUCAAGAGUGCUUUAGUCGUUCCAAUGAGUACCAGCUGAACGAUAGUGCAAAAUACUUUAUUGAUCGAGUGCAAACUGUCACCAAGGCAGACUACAUCCCAUCCACUGAUGAUAUUCUUCACAGUAGGAAAAUCACAACAGCCAUCCAUGAGAUUAAGUUCAACGUUAAGAUACCGAAGAACAUGGGAGGAGGCGUCCAGGAAUUCCGUAUGAUUGAUGUGGGUGGCCAGCGGGAUCAGCGCAACAAGUGGAUGCACGUGUUUGAGGGAAUUGAUGCUGUGCUCUUCCUCAUCUCGUGCGGGGACUUCGAUCAAACUCUACGCGAGGAUACGCAACAGAAUCGCCUCUGUGAAGCUCUCAAACUCUUCACUGGUGUCUGGCAUAAUCGCUUUCUCGCUUCAGCGGGUAUUAUUUGCUUCCUCAAUAAACAAGACAUCAUGGAGAGGAAGAUCAUGGAGGGUAAAUGCAUUGGACACUACUUCCCAGACUACUACAACUAUCGUCUCUCCGCAAAUGAUGGCAUUGCCUUCGAUGAGUGCAACAAAACACGGUGCUUCAUUCGCCAUAAGCUCAUUGAAGUCACAAAUGAGACACCACGGCCAUUCAGAAAUAAUGAGUGUGUGAAAAAGGAAUGUUACUUCCACUUUACCGUCGCAACUGACACCAAUAACAUCCGCAAAGUCUUCUACGAUGUCCACAGUAUGAUUCUCAAUGAUAUUUUAUGUCGUAUGGGACUCCUAUAACAUUUCCUGCUUCCUACUAAUUUUAAUGAUUUUAUUUUAUAUUAAAAACAAACAAAAAUAUUUUUUUUAUAAGCUGUGAUAAUAAAUAAAAUCUUCUGAAUAAAA